AUGUCUCUCUUCAAGAUCCUCGUUGCUGCUGCCACCGUUGCCACCGCCCUGGCUGCUCCCCAUGAGCACAAGAAGCCUCACCCUUCUUACGGUGAUGCCAACGCCCAGUGCGGUAACCACCAGAAGCUCUCUUGCUGCAACCGCGGCGACAGCGGCGGUGUCCUCGACGGCCUUCUGGGUGGCAACUGCCAACCUAUCAACAUUCUUGCUCUGCUCCCCAUCCAGAACCAGUGCACCAACCAGGUUGCCUGCUGCACUGGAAACUCCAACGGUCUCAUCAACCUCCCCUGCACCAACGUCAACCUUUAA